UGGGUUUCCUGCGGGUUCCCCCACUGAUUGCAACGUGCCCCAUAUGCUGCUUUGGAUAAAAGCGUCUGCCAAAUAAAUAAGCAUAAUUUGGUGAACCUCUCGUGCCAGAUGCAUCCUGUUAAAGUUGUUUUUGAAUAUUUAAGUUGACAACCAGCACCCCAUCAGAGACUGCUUCCUUCAUAAUGACUUGACAGAAUGGCCCCCCUUCGAGGCUUUGCUCCGUCCCGGUUCGGCUCAGCUCAGCCUCUGCGGUUCCGCCAGUGGAAGAUGGCGCUGGCGGGGAUGCUGUCUGGGACUAGCAGAGGUUUCUCAUUCCAAAAGGACAACCCUAAGCUGGAUGAUAUAUAGAAAGACAAAGAUGAACAUGAAAUCAAACUUUGUGCCUGAACGCUGCACUCUUUGGGGGUGUUUUUAAGGAACAAUUAUCGUUUUUUUUUUCCUGUCUGAAAUCCGCGCUGCUUGUCCGGGACGGACACUAAACCCAUUUCCAGCUCGGCGCACAGACACGGUGGGAGUUGGAAAAGUGGACGAAAAUGUCGGACUCGAAGGUAAAAGUUGCAGUGAGAGUUCGGCCCAUGAACCGCAGGGAGAUUGAGCUUAAUACAAAAUGUGUGGUGGAUAUGGAGGACAACCAGACAGUGCUGCACCCUCCACCAUCCAAUGCGAAAGGAGAAAGCAGGAAACAACCUAAGGUAUGUAUGCUUCAUUCAUUUCUCAUUUUCCUAAAGUCUGGUUCAAACAGCAGGAAUCGUAAUGGUCGACUGCAUGAGCGACACGUAGUGAUAAAAAAUCAGAUUUUGGUCAUACAGUGUGUGGUGUGCAGCAACUCGGUAAAUACUACACACUACAUAGGAACUGUUUCACAUACAGAUAAUCCCCACUCUGAUGGGAAAUCUUGCAAGUUAUAUUGUGUAAACAAACAUGGUUGAUAAGGGGCAUGCUGCAUGACUCCUUCACCUGGCUUUCUGAUUGGCUAGGCGUCACAUUCAGCAGGCAGCAAGUUCGUUUGUCCCUGAAAAUCAGACCAAGACAAUCCAACACGUUUGAAAGCCCAGAUUGUUUUCAUCAGAGUGGUCCCAAUGUACGUUCGAGCAGACCAGAUUCCUAACACACCACACAAGCUGUGUGUGACCGGCUUUCUUUGUAAAUUAGAAAAAUAAAAAAAGGCUGUGAUAACACGUCACACGAUAGCCAGUCCUGCAACAUCUUUAUGUUACAACCCAGUGUCGGCAAUAUUUAAAGACUGGCCGCAGCAACGCUAUCGCUGCGCCACGGUAAGCCGAGCCUCUAUUAACACCAGCCUGAGAUGUUGCCUUCAGCUGGCAACAGCCUUGUUUAAAGAGGGGAAAACAAGCACUCACCACUCACGUUCCAGGGUAUACUGGUAAAAUCCAGACUAUAAAUGAAUGCCAGAUAAAUCCACAGCUUGGGGUUUGGUCUGGCACUUUUCUCCCUUGUUUGUUUGCAACCCUUCUACAAACAGCUGGUCUUUGCCACUCUGACGUAACGUUCAGUUUCUGUUUUCACUUUCCUCUCCACCAAACCCUUCUACUGUAGGCUGAAACAACACACACACACACGCACGCACACACACACACACACACACACACACACACACACACACACACACGCGCACGCACGCACGCACACACAUUGAACAUCGUAAGGCAGAAGAAUACUUUAAGACUGAUUGAACCGGAGGUCAGAAAGGAGGAUGGAAAAUGACUGAUGGAGAGGUAUGGACUUCUUGCUGAUUGAGGGGAGUAAUGUGAAUAACUACUCUAGCCGUGCUCCUCUUAAUAUAUGAGUACUGUUACUAUUGAUCAUUUGAGAGAGUAAAAGCUUAUAUUAUAUAGAUGAUAACUAUAUAGUAGGUUGAAGAAUUUUUGUUUAGGUGGCGUGAAUUGAGGCGGAGAUGCAAACAAAGAAUGGCACAAGUGGUAACCAGGUUGGAACAAAACCAACAAGAAUUGUUGUAGGAGCGGUGAAAACAGUUUCAUGUAUAGAUUUACUUUUUACUAAUGCAAAAUCACUGUGCUCUAAGGCGAUGUCAGUCGGGGUGGGCUGUAUUGAUCAUAAUUUAAUUAUGAUUAAUAGAAGAACUAAAGUCCUUAAAUCUGGACAGAAAAUAAUUAUUAAACGAGUUUUUAGGGAU